GCGAGAACCAGCACCUUCUCCAGCUUUGACCAGUGGACGCUGUAUCGGGUCCCAGUCUCUGAUCCCUGAAACAUGGACUGUCUGGAUACACCCGAUCUCGAGCUCUUGAUCCUCAAGGCACUUGCGGUCAACCUCUCUUCGCCCGACGCAAAUGCAUCUCAGAACGACAUCGAUACGUUGACUGCGGGCUUACCAGCUGCUCCUACGGAUGAGGAUGGCCAGAUAUGGGAGCAAAGCAACAUCAAUUCUGCGAUAUCGUAUUGCAACUAUGUCGAAGCUCUUCCUUCGAGCUCCAGCGAUCUACCGAAAGCACUCCCUGCCCUCAAGCGGUUGCUGAACGAUUCCAAACACGGAUUGAAGGCCGAAGUCGCCUCCAGUAGUGCCGGUCGAUCUAUCAACGUAGAUCACGUUCGAAAUGUGGGACAUGCGUUGUUCAAAGCCAUCGCCCAUAUCGGUGCUGUCAAUCCAGAAGCGUCUUCGGAAGUCGUCGAUAUGCUUUGUGACCACCUAGCGGAACUGCGAAGUGCUCUUCAUGGCGGAAAUGAGGAAGACAUGGCCAUGGCCAUUCUCAUGCUGUCCAACUACCACGACUUUAUCGUCUCUACCCCGCUCGUCCGGAUCUCGCCUCAAUCUCUCGUCAAGCUGUUGACUGCCAGUCACGAGCUGGCAGUGUCUCCCGGAAGCGAUAACUUGGAGGCAUCUUUAUACAGCUCUCAAAGCGGCUCGCCUAUCUCGACAUCGGACAACGAUGGGGCUAUCCGUCUGACCGGUCCUACUGCAUCUCGCUCGAUCCCUGGUUUGCAGGGCUUAGAGCUUCAAAGGAACGUGAUCAGGCGGUUCUCCAAGCUAGAAUUGGCUUACAAGGUCCUCGACGUCGAAAGCACUCUUUUGAGCCAGUCCUUGGUCGGAGGAAGCACGAUCGAAGAACCUGCCAACUUCGAUAUCUCAGACCCACCAGACCGACAAGCCAGUACGCGAUCGUUUUCGAUCCUAGCUUCCAGGUCGAUCCCGGAUUCUGCCAGUGUUUUGCACCUUGGGUCUUACGGUGGUAGCGGCGGUAGAGAAAUUCUCGAAAAGAUCGCUAGUCAAGCGGUGACCUGGUGGGAGGAUAUCAUGCACGGGCAAGGCAUAGGGAUCGGCAAUGGCUUGAUCGAUGGAAGGAACAGGUCGGACAGCUCUGACGAGGUCGAGAAUUUGGCUGUCACGGCCAUUCUGAAAACCCUCGCUUUGAGCUCUCUUCAUGCAAAGCAAGUAGACGAAGCGCAUCUUGCUCGUCUCAAGCUUCUGGUCAGCGACAAAGCACCGAUUCAGCAUCCCAAGAUCAUCGAGAUGGCUCUUGUCUGCAUAGGCAUGUUGGCGUUGAACUUCCCUUACCUUGGUACCUCAUUGACUCAGCACGUCAAAAGGUUCGCGACUUCGCCUUUGCCAGUCUUUGAGGCAGAAAUGGCUGGCACUGGUACCGACGUACCUGAGGUCAUGAGCGCGACUGCUCGAUGCUUGGCCAUCUGCGUCAAGACCGCUCCAAACGACGAUCUCGUCAACUCUACACUCUAUUCGCUCAUGCACACCGUUCCGCAUGGCACUUCCGUGCUGGAUAUUCCGCAUGCACCUACCAUCCGCUCGAGCGCUGUCACGUUUGCGGGCCUCGGCGAGAAGGAGGGUACUGUUCAUCGAGGGCGGAUGGCGGAACAAUCGCGUAUGGCAAGCAUCAGCACGAUCGGGAUGGUUUCCAAGUUGGCGCUUGCUAUCGACAGAUCCGAGAGCUAUCAAGUGACUGUUAAUAUGCUACUGCAGCGUCUCCGGGGAGCAGACGCAAUCACGGAGGCUGCCGUCGUAACCAACCUCGUACCUCUGGCCUUGCGCGCGCCAGACGCAGUAUUGCAGGAAUGCAUCACGGCAUUCUCGUCCAUAUCGAGGUCCUCUAACCCGGAAGACCCGCGGUACUCUAGCAACGCCGUACUCGCUGCCCAAACCAGUCUCGGUCGGGGCUUCACCAAGAAGCAUAACGCUGCCGCGCGGUCCUUCUUAGAGGAGAUGCUGGCCCUGUUCAUCGAUAAAGGGUCACAAAUCCAGACGCAGAGCGUGUCUCGCCAUACUAAAGAACUUGAGAAAGAUCCGUCUGGACGCGUUUCGGAGAUGACCUCGCAAUUGGCGGCUUUGCUCCUCCCGAUUGAUGCCAUACUCGCCAAUCCUGCUUACUCCAGUACGGACAAGCCUUCGCCUGACCUGGUAUCAAGCUUUAGGAACAUGUGGUUCCUUUGCACACUUUUAGGUCUGACCAAUUCGACAUCACCUUACAUGACUGACCCGGCCCGCGCAGCCUUGGCACGAAUUGCUGUCAAAACGCCAGCUUUGGUUCUCGAGGAGGAGAAGGACUAUGCAUCCAGCGUCUUGGAGUAUAAUUCUGUCUUCCGGCGAGAUUAUGCUCAGGCGAUCAUUACUCGCCAAAGAUCCGCUCUCUCGGCCGCUGUGCCCAAGCUGGCCGGCGAUGUCCGAAACUUCAGCUUGCCCCAAAUCGUUUUCCUGCAGACCGUACACGAUCUUGAAAGCCUUCGUAUACAGGCCGACCGGCCAUCGGUACACCUGGAAUACUUCAUCAACGCAUCCUUGAGCGACAGCUUGCUUGCAAAGCCUCUGGAGCUCAUCGCCGACAAGCUCCUUCGUGGUUUCCUUGCCCGACUGUCUUCGUCUGUUCUUGAGCAUUCGAUGAACGGUUCUACAAUCAGCGAGGAAGUUCGAAGACUACUUAUCGCGUCUACGCAUCGGUACCGAAAGGUCCGGGAAGUGGCUUUGAAGCACCUGGAUGCGAUCUUGACGUCUUUCGCUGCUCUGAUGUGUGAUCGACAAAUCGUCUUUGUCCUGCUUGAGAUCUUGACGCUACUGCGACGAAGCUGCGAAGACGUCUACACCGACGAGUAUUCGCCAGUCUACCGUUAUCUCUCCGACAAGAUGGACCUCAGUCUCGAGAUUACGGAUGACUUUGCGGCUCGCAAUGAGACUGUAAAGAGGCUGUACGAGUAUGCGUGCCGAUGGCUGGAUCUUGCAAUAGGCAGAGCGCCUAUCGAAAUGCAAACUAUAUUACAGAAAUACUUGAAAGAAUCCCGAGAUACCUUGCUCUUGGACAAUGUAGAGAUGGGAGCAGGUGUCGCCAUGCGCUAUGCGAAGGCGAUCUCGAGACUAGACCGACAAGAAGUCGCUAUGCCGAACAUUGGGGGAUGGCAAGCCGAUAGCUCGAACCUUCUGGCGAGCCAAUUUGCAGCCAAGAAUUACUAUUCCGGAGAGCUCUCCGGUGCUAGAUUCGUGCUCGACAGCGGUCUCGAAAACCUUGAGAAAUUGGCUCCCAACUCAUCCUCGACGGAUCAAUUGGCCGCCUUCCGUCAGCAGAUGGCGGAAGCCAUGGCGAAUAUUGAGACGAAAUCUCAGACUAUGCCAGUACCUGCCAUACGCCGCUUGCUCCUGCGAGCUGUUUCUGUCUUGACUUCAUCCCCAAUCAUCGAUCGCGACAUUCUGCAUUACCUAGUCGCGCUGCCAAUCCGGUCUUUCACGGCUUUAGGGAUUGCUGCUGGAGUGGACGCGUGGACCUGGUUGAUCAGCGAGAGGCCAGACAUUGAGGUGGCGCUUUCAAGUGAGAUCUCUGAUGGCUGGUUGUGGACGAUCAAGAACAGCAAGGGGCUCUUUAGUAACCACCUGCACUCUCCUGGCCCGUUCGAGAAACCGAUCGAAUAUUCCCCUACUGUCAAAUCGGUUAUGGAUCACGAGAUGGCGGUGGCGAAGCGAUCUUUACAGCCGCAUUUGCUGCUGACAACGGUCAUCUCCAGCAGGUUUCAGGCCGUGAAGUAUCGCCGACCAGGGAUCAUGGGGUCGAUGUUCCGCUUGCUAGCUCGUUCUUUCCAGGCCCACAAGCAGAUGAGUACGCAUCCUUUGGCGCGAGAAGUCAGGUUCUCUCUUGUCCUCUUUGCACUGCAAGUGCUGGCUAGUAGUCGGGUCGAGACUCUUCUGGAAGCUAGCUUCAGAGACUUGAUUUACGCUGCUACACUAUCAUGGUUCGCUGUGCGACCUAUGUGGUCAUUCGGCAGCAAUCGGAUCCAGGUGCAAGCCGAGAUCAAGCUGUUGGGAGAAGUGCUGAACGCGCUGCAAAACGAUCAUAUCAGAGGCGAUCACGAUAUCACCUCGCUUCCUGAACGUAGCCCGGCGUUCCCCAUUCCAGGCUACUCAUCCUUGAGAGACUACGCCCUCCAGCAUGCAGAAAGGUCGCGCUUGUUGCAGCUAUUGGUCGAGAACGAGAUCACUCGGCUGUCCACUUGGUCGAACCCAACCAACGCUCCAGGACGAGCCCAAUUGGCUUCGAAUGCAAUUGAGGCAACUGUUAAUGGGGAACAAUGGCCGGCCUUGGUCAGAAGGGCUUGGAGAAUCUCACCAGCAGCUGCUGUUCAUAUGGGAGAACGUUUCAAAAUACCACAGGUCCAAGCGGAACUGGCUCGAUUGAUCAAAUCUCAUCCCAGAGCGGUGAUUGACGUCCCAGAGGCGCUCCAUUACCUGCUUGGCGAACAUCUCGAGACCUCAGCGAUACCUGCUCUCAAGUGGCUAGUUCUCUGGGCUCCUGUACCGCCUGUGACUGCUGUUACGUACUUCCAGCCCCGCUACGACAACAACCCCCUUGUGCUGCAAUAUGCCAUGCGGGCCCUGGAGCAGUACCCAGUGGACUUGACGUUCUUCUUCGUGCCUCAAGUGGUACAAGCGCUUCGAUCGGACGGCGCCGGUUAUGUGGAGCGAUUCAUCUUUGAGACAUCAAAGAUCUCGCAGCUCUUUUGCCACCAAAUCAUUUGGAAUAUGAAGGCCAACUGCUUCAAGGACGACGCCGGCGAGAUUCCCGACCCUAUGAAGCCACAGCUAGAGCGUAUGGUGGACCUCGUUGUCGCGGCUCUCUCCGGCAAGGCCAAGCAGUUCUACGAUCUGGAAUUCGACUUCUUCAACGAAGUGACUUCCAUCUCAGGCAAGCUCAAGCCUUAUAUCAAGAAGUCGAAACCGGAGAAGAAGGCCAAGAUCGACGAAGAAAUGGCAAAGAUUAACGUCUCGGUCGGCGUCUAUUUGCCAAGUAACCCUGAUGGAGUAGUAGUGGACUUAGAUCGAAAGUCCGGAAGGCCUUUGCAAAGUCAUGCUAAGGCACCAUUCAUGGCAACCUUCAAAGUCCGCAAAGAAAAGGUCGAUUUCAAUGAUGAUGGCGAUGACGGUGAAGCAAAGAAGACGGAAUACGACGUCUGGCAAGCUGCAAUCUUCAAGGUCGGGGACGAUUGCCGACAGGACGUGCUCGCCCUCCAAAUCAUCGCCAUGUUCAAGAACGUGUUCUUGAAGGCAGGCCUUGUUCUCUACUUGUUCCCUUAUCGAGUAACGGCCACGGCGCCAGGCUGUGGAGUCAUUGACGUCGUGCCCAAUGCAACGUCUCGGGAUGAGAUGGGACGAGCGAAGAUUAACGAUCUGUACGGAUAUUUUAUCGACAAGUAUGGUGGAGUCGACACACCCACAUUCCAGAAAGCUCGUCUCAACUUCAUUCAGUCCAUGGCAGCCUACUCUGUGGCAUGCUAUAUCCUUCAAAUCAAGGAUCGUCAUAACGGAAACAUCAUGAUUGAUGGCGAGGGACAUAUCGUUCAUAUCGAUUUCGGGUUCCUCUUCGAUAUAGGUCCCGGAGGCGUCAAGUUCGAGCCAAACAGCUUCAAGCUCAACCACGAGAUGGUAGCCUUGAUGGGCGGCCGAGACAGCCAAGGCUACAGAAUGUUUAGCGAACUCACGGUCAAGGCUUUCCUGGCCAUCCGACCUUACACGGACCAGCUAGUGGAUACGGUGCAUCUCAUGUUGGGAACGGGCCUACCGUCGUUCAAAGGAGAGCCCACUAUCAAGCGCUUGAGGGAUCGAUUCCAGCCGCAACUUAGCGAACAAGCUGCUGCAGACUAUAUGGUCGGCGUAAUCAAGAACGCCAACGAGAACUACCGAUCGGUGGUGUACGACGAGUUCCAGCGUUUGCAGAACGGUAUCCCCUACUAACCUCUUUCGGUUAGGUCAAGUCGCACCGCUCUAAGACAUGU